CGGCUUAGGAAAUCACGUUGCCGAUAUCAUCGUUAUCGUAAGUGUAUACAUCGAUGAAAACUGGCGAAUAAAUAAAAUAUCUCCCUCUCGAUGAAUAAAGUAUCCCUUAAAUCGAUCGAGAGCAAAGCGUCAUCGUUAAUCCGAACGAGCGCGCAUUUUCCUUUCAAUAUAUCCUCGAUCCUCAAAUCUUAGUCACGCCGACUAGUCGGCGUGACGUCACAGCGGCACCAUAUUCGCGGCGAGCGCUCGUGAUUGGUCGGCCGGCGCGGCGGAGUGGGGGCGCGAUGAUCGGAACGGUCGGCGCACUGAGCGCCGUCGCCAUCUUGGCAGAUAGAAGCAGCCUGCUGUCGCCGUCAGGUCAGCCGCCGACGUUACACCGUCCAGCUGAGCCGUUGCCAAAGCUAAGCGCGAGCUGCCUGGCUCCGCUGCUGGUGAACGCGGAGAAAUCGCGGCGGGCUAUUGUUCGCGUCGCGCGAACGACCGAACCGGCUAAGAAGGAGGAGGAGGCGGAGGCGGCGGACGAGGAAAGAGGAGGAGGAGGACGAGAACAAGUACGAGGAGAGGUACCGGAAAAGCACCGCGGCGGGCCAAGUAUAAUAUCGGGACCGUGUGUGAGAGGGACGUUGCGGGCGCCUUCGCGCGGUAGCGCCUGCUCCUUGGUCUCUCGGCUCUCGUUUACGCCGUACGAGUGUGUCGUGUCAUCGGUGUGCGGUGAAGUUAGUUGCAGUGCCGAAAAUCCGUUGUCCAUCCGUCCGCGUCGCGCCGAAGAGGGCCGACUUCACCCCGUUUCUCGCUUCAUCGUCAAAAUUCCUCGCGUCGCCCUCGCUCUCGCGCGCAUUUCUCGUUUUUCCUGUGUACGAGGGGAACAACUCCAUCGCGCCGGAUAAAUUGCCGAAUUCGCGUACGUGAACUGCUGUUGCUGACUGUUGCUGAUAUUCACUGUGUGUGACAGCGGGACAGUAUGGCGGGACAGACGAUCAACGACAGGCUGCUGGCCGCGAGGCACAGCAUCGCCGGCCAGGGCCUCGCCAAGUCUGUUUGCAAGGCCACCACGGAGGAGAUGAUCGGACCUAAAAAGAAGCAUCUUGACUAUUUAAUCCAUUGCACUAAUGAGCCGAACGUCUCCAUACCGCAGCUCGCUAAUCUCCUGAUAGAACGCUCGCAGAACACAAACUGGACGGUGGUCUUCAAAGCUCUGAUCACCGUGCAUCACAUGAUGUGUUACGGCAAUGAGAGGUUCACACAGUAUCUCGCCUCCAGCAAUAGCACGUUUCAGCUUAGCAAUUUUCUCGACAAGAGCGGCGUACAAGCAGGAAUACGCGUGGGAUAUGAUAUGUCGCCGUUCAUCAGGCGAUACGCCAAGUAUCUCAACGAGAAAGCCCUCUCCUAUAGGACGGUAGCGUUCGACUUCUGCAAAGUGAAACGGGGGAAGGAGGACGGCACUUUACGCACAAUGAACGCCGAGAAACUCCUGAAAACUUUGCCGGUACUGCAGUCCCAACUCGACGCGCUACUGGAAUUCGAUUGCACGGCUAACGACCUCACGAAUGGCGUCAUAAACAUGGCCUUCAUGCUCCUCUUUCGAGAUCUUAUCCGGUUAUUCGCCUGUUAUAAUGACGGCAUCAUUAAUCUAUUAGAGAAAUAUUUUGACAUGAACAAGAAACAAUGUCGGGACGCUUUAGAUCUCUACAAAAAGUUUCUCAUACGUAUGGAUAGGGUCGGAGAAUUUCUGAAAGUUGCGGAAAACGUCGGUAUCGAUAAAGGAGACAUACCAGAUCUGACGAAGGCACCGAGUAGUUUAUUGGACGCCUUAGAGCAACAUCUUGCUUCCUUGGAAGGAAAGAAGGGUUCUGCCGCGAACACACCGACGCAAUCAGCAAGCAGCAAUAGAACCAAUGUAAAGUCGGGAGUGUCCGCCCUGUCUUCCACCAGUAACGCGUUCGGAACAGUAGCCAGCAAUGCGCGACUCGACCAAACCGGGAACGGCCACAUCGACGAGGCACUGCGACAGCAAGCUCUUGCAGAAGAGGAAGCCGCCAUGAAUCAAUACAAGGCAAAAGUACAAUCGCCAUCGAGUACUAGCACAAAUCCCUUCCUCAGUUCACCGACCAAUAAUGCCAAUCAACCUAUCGUGGAUUUGUUUGGUACAGCAAUGUCCGAAAAUCAACAGCAACAACUUUCACAAAAGGCGUCGGAUGAUCUGCUGCAACUGGCGGGUAAUCCGUUCGCGAACAUGUUCGGGACGCCGCAACCGGCCGCACCGGGCGCGCAAUCUGCCAACCAGAACAACAUGUGGAUGACCAACGGUACUGGUUUCGCGCCAGCUGCGCCACCAGCAAAUAAUAACUUUGUUACAGAUAACAGCUUUUCCUCCGUAUUCGGAAAUCAGGAUCAGCAAUCUACUGGCGUCCCAGGAACGGCCGCGUCCGUACCUAAUCCCUUCAUGUCCGAUUUCCCGUCCCUCGGUACCGCCGGCGGUCAACAGACGGCGACGAACGCGGGCGCCUUCGGGUUCUUCGAUCAAAACGCCGGCGGUGGUGUUGUUGGCGGCAAUGCGAUGAAUGAAUCGGCACAAGCAACAACGGCGCCAGGCGGAGACCUCUUCAGUGCCGGUCAAGCGGAUCUCUUCGCGGGGGGCGAUGGGUCCGCCGCGAUGCUGAAGACCGCUACAAAUAGCGACGGGGACGCCGCGGCGGCCGAGGUGGUGGCGUCGACGGCGCCUUCAGCCGUCGGCAAGAUAUCCUCUACUGCCACGCCGCCACCUAGACCACCGCCACCCGCGACUGCCGUUGCUGCUGCAAACGUUGGUGCCGCACCGCGUGCACUAUCUCCGACUAUCAGCGGCGUCGGCGGAGUGUCACAUGGUAGACCAGCGGCAGCGACGGCGGCGGCCUCAGGCCCCCCCGCUAACAAGAGCGCCUUCGACGAUCUCAACGACAGCAUCCGCAUGGCACUGGGCGGGUCUCCGUCGCGUCCAGCGCCAAUGGUCCAGCAGCAAGCUGCGAUGACCACCCAGCAGCAACCGCUGCAACAACAAAUGCCGCCGGCGGGUGCCGGUAUAUUCAGCGGUAUGAACGACGCGGCCGGGCAACAAUCCAUGAUGACCGGCGCGCCGAUGGUCGGCUACGGUAUUCCUACCCAAGCCCAAGUCCCCGUGGGGUACGGCUCGCCGGCAAAGCAGCCGAUGUCAGCCGCGGGGCAACCGGUUAGCGCAGCUGCCACUGGCAAGGUUUUGACCGGAGACUUGGACAGCAGUCUUGCUAGUCUUGCGCAAAACUUGACCAUCAAUAAGAGCGGACAACAACAAGUAAAAGGAAUGCAAUGGAACUCACCGAAGAACGCCGCGAAAACGGGUGGUUCAGCUGGCGGAUGGUCACCUCAGCCAAUGGCAGCUACCACUGGUGCUGGAUAUCGGCCCAUGGGCCAAGGAAUGACGCAACUUCUACCUACGACUACCACCACUAUGGGUUUUCCCUCGCAACCUGCGAUGAUGGGUAUGCAAGGUAUGCCGAUGGGCAUGCAGGGCAUGCAGGGUAUGCAGGGUAUGAGGCCGAUGAUGUGUACUAUCCCAGGUGCUUCCGCCGCCGGUGGUGGUAUGAUGGUUGCGGGAGGAGCUGCGCCAAUGAUGGCUAUGACCGGCGCAAAUCCCAUGAUGACUGGUCCUAAUCUGCAGCAGCAACAGCAGCCGCAAUCUCAGCCUCAAGCCGUUGUAGCACCCACUCAGCCACAAGGCAAUGCAGUCCAACUCGAUCCCUUUGGUGCUCUGUGAAGGGAUUAGGAUUUCAAAUGGAAUUAAGAAGACGGAGCGGAGUUUUGUAAAUACCAUGUAAUAUGCCUAGAAAGAGAAAAGAAACAAGGAUAAUGUGUCUCGCUUAUUUCUGUUAGGCAUGACUACCCGAUCGCGAUCUUGAAUCAUUAAUUGUCUCGAAUCGUUUUAUUGUGAAAUACGAUCGGCAAAUUGUAUCAUACUUCCUGUAAUAUGCUCGCCGAGUAACAUGCAGCACGCAUUACUCCAAUAUAAUGUACGGUUCCCGUGAGCAUUGGUCAUGGUUAAAAAUACGUCGUUUAAGCGAAUAUCUGUCUCUUUUCUCGAGGAGUCAACAAAGAUCGAAUCUGAAUUCUUAACUUUAGCCAACGUUCAUGGGAACACAUAAAAUGUAGAGCGAGGCGUUUUUUUUUCGCCUUGUAAAUCCGUAGCCGGGCAUAAAUUAUGUAGCUUAGACGAAUUAGUUGUUCCGGACGCGAGUUGCGUUUAGAAUGACACGAACGUGCGCGUGUGCGGUGAAUAUCUUCCUGAUGAGGAUGAACUGUGAUAGUAUUGCGCUCGUGUUGGUAAGCGCAAAGAAAAGCGCAGUUUUUCUUCGUUGAUACGUCGAGCAAGCCUAUUAUCGAAGAUGCAUUUUCUAAGUUCGAUGAAGAAUUUCCGUAAUUACAUAGCGAUAUUUAGGUAAAGAUUAAUUUUUACAUUUGGAAAAGGGAGAAGGGAGGAGAUUAUGCGUAACUGAUGGUGCGUGAAUUGGCAAGAGCGCGUAAUAGAUAAAUAAAGAGCACUCCGGUGGUUCGUCAUGGUUCUAAACGUAAUAUCGCGUUAGAUUAUAUACACACGUAGCUGACGAUUGCACGUAUACCAAUGUUCGCGUUAAUGUUCAAACCGGUAAAAAAGCGCAAAGCAUGAAAAAUUGAAAUAGAGAUUCGCACAUCGGGCACAUAUAUUCUCGUUGUAAUAUAAUAUAAUAUAAUGUCGCAGAGUUCUGCGAAUGUAUGGAUAACGUUGUUUCGGGACGGUGCGAAAGAGAGAGAUAAAGUUUUGAGGCAUAUUCUUUUUUCUGUCGAGAAAAGUAUUAAAUAUUAAAUACGAUAAAAGAUAUACGAUAAUUAUUAUUAUAUAUGUAUAUGUAUAUAUAUAUACACACUCAUAUACAUAUAUAUGAAACGAAUAGGUGGACUCAUUAAAUGUUCUUUAUCCGUAUACUGUUCGAGGAUAUCUUAAUUAGAUAGUUAACGAAGUAUGUUAAAAGUUAAGGCUACGACGCUCAUACAAAAUAAUUACGAAAUACAACAACGUGAAUGUACGUGGUAUUAUCGAUGCAGUCAAUAUCCUGUUGCGGUCGUUUCGUUUUGGGAUUUUGUCGGCACACACUCGCGAUUCUCGUCAAAUUAUAUAAAUGUCGUCGUAACUGAGGAAAUGAAAAAUCUAUCAAUGUAGCGUGUAUAUUGUAUUUACGUAUAAUCGAUCGAUUAUUUAUCCGCGAUUUCUCGCUCGAAUGAACGAAUGGAUCGCGGCUAAAACAGGAACGAAUUAGACAAAAAUUUGACGAUAUUUACGCAACGUACGCACUACUAGUCGAUAAAAGUCUGUUCGAUUUUCGUUAAGGCCUCUCUCACACAUAUGCAUACACAUACGUACAUUACAGGAUAAUGCUUUUCGCGUUAUCGGUCGCAAAUAUUCGCCCUCGUUUCUAGUAUCGCCUCUAAUUUUUUUUUUUUUUUUUUUCGAUUUCUCUUACUUAUCAUUAAUUCUGCAUUGAGGA